AGCAUGAGCAACCUUACAAACUUUCCAUACCUUAACGCAUCUGAGUUUUCAUUUGCAAUAUCCUCUUUAUGCCGUCUCUUCCACCAAGUUCAAUCUCUAUCGUCUUCUCCACGCCUUGCCUGGACGUCAGUUGAGAUCAUCCUAGACUCCGGGGCUCCUCAUCUCCGCAUCACCAAGCCACUCCACAUUCGCACAUUAUCCUCUUCUACUAGCUCUAUAGAUAUAGAAGCUGAAGAUGAGAAGCCGCAGCAAUAUUCAGGCCAGGACAAAGACGACGUUACUGUCAGCGAAGAGGAUGACGAUCUGGAAGCCCUACCAAAGCACAACAAAGAUCUAGAUGCAAUGGUGAUUUACGACAUUAUUCUGUCGUCCACCUAUUCUGUCCCCGUGUUCUACUUUGCGAUUAAAGACAUAGCAUACAGAUACCCGCCGACAAUGCGUGUGCUAUAUGAAUGCAUUAUCCCGCCCCGGUAUGUAGAGCAGACCGAGGCUGUUGGUGUGCUAGGCGGGGUUACCGUCACUGAUCACCCUACGGCAAACACCCCAGUGUACUUUCUGCAUCCGUGCAAGACGGUCGAGGUUUUGCGGGCUUCUACAUCCUCCAGCAGCGAUGGUGAAAGUGAUCCAUUGUCCUAUCUCUUAUUGUGGAUUAGUACGAUGGGUAAAAGCAUCGGAGUGGAUGUUCCCCUUGCAUUAAUGUUAGCAAUGCGCAAAGAGAAGCAGGAAAGCAACCAACGAACAUGA